GCCCUUCAUCGCGCUGGACAAGCUGCGGUUGUGAUCGAUACUCGAAGCUCUUUUUCGUCUGGCUAUCUUCGCGAGCCGCUGUUUCCGUAAGCGCCCGCCGCUUUUUUCGCUGGCGCGCGCGCGCGCCUCUUCGUCCUAUCGCGAGAAGUAAACAAAACCCGCACGCGUCGGCUGGCUGGCUGGCUAAAGUAAAAAAACAAAAGACUAUAACAAUCUCUUCCGCCACGCUGGCGAGUGAUCACGUUUUAGCAGUACGAGCGCUGCUUGGCGCCUCGAUCGCGAUAAAAAAAAAGGUUGCGCUGGGACGACGCCCCUCUCGAAACUCCACGCUCGCGCGUCGCUUUUUUGGAGAGCCGUGUUGCUCGUCGACGGUGUGUUGGGAUCCGGCGUAAUCUCUUCUCGUCGCCACUUGUCGUACGGAGUUGACCUGACCCCGAAGGAAUCGAGUGCCGAAGCUGAAAGUGAGCGCUGUAGCAGAGAAGUGUUUUCGUCGGAGCAGCAGACCGGCGAUCAUGAGCUUGUACGUUGUGCGCGGACGCCGCUUCGAGCGGGUGUUGACCGCGCCAAAGACUGUUGAUGCGGACGACGACGACUGGCGGACGCCCAAACCAUACACCAACGCCGAGUACGAGGAUGUGCGAGCAUCGCUCAAGGCUCACGGCCAGGAGCACCUGCUCAGGUUCUGGCCGCAGCUCACCGAGGAACAGAGAUGCCAGCUGAUGACCGAUUUGAGGUACAUAGACUUUGCAAGGACGUCAUCGGCGUUCAAGCAGGCGACGGACGCGGGAUCGGGCGAUGCCGAAAGCUUGGAUGACCUCCUGGAGCCCAUUCCUACCGACCGGCACGGCUCUGUGUCUCGGUGUUCGCCUGAGAAACUCGAGGCAUACCGCAAUGAAGGCUUGCGGCUGGUGUCCGAGGGCAAGGUGGCCGCUCUGCUCCUGGCCGGCGGGCAGGGCACCCGCCUGGGCGUGCCCUACCCCAAGGGCAUGUACGACGUGGGGCUGCCCUCGCACAAGACGCUCUACCAGCUGCAAGGGGAGCGGCUCUGCCGCCUCACGCAGCUGGCGCAGGAGCUCACCGGCAAGCGGGGAAACAUUCCCUGGUACAUCAUGACGAGCGAGCACACCAAGGAGCCCACGCUUGAGUUCUUCGCCAAGCACGACUUCUUUGGCCUUCAGGAGGACAGCCUGGUCGUGUUUGAGCAGAACAUGAUGCCAGCCUUCACAUUUGAUGGGAAGAUAAUCUUGGAGACUCCAUACAAGGUGUCCAUGUCCCCAGACGGCAACGGUGGCCUCUACAGCGUCCUGCAAAGGAAGGGGAUCCUGGCAGACAUGGAACGGCGAGGUGUCAGCUACAUUCAUGUCUACUGUGUAGACAACAUUCUGGUCAAGAUGGCCGACCCCACAUUUGUGGGCUAUUGCGUCACCAACGGCGCUGACUGUGCGGCGAAGGUGGUGGAGAAGGCCUUCCCGACGGAAGCCGUCGGGGUUGUCUGUCGGGUCAAGGGCCGCUUCCAGGUGGUCGAGUACAGCGAGGUGUCCCUGCGCACGGCUCAGCGUCGCAACCCCGACGGCCGGCUCACCUUCAACGCCGGCUCCAUCUGCAACCACUUCUUCAGCCUCGACUUCCUCAAGCGGGUGUCCGUAGGCACGAGUCUCAAGUACCAUGUGGCCAAGAAGAAGAUUCCGCACGUGAACGACCUCGGAAACUUGGUCAAGCCAGAGAAGCCCAACGGCAUCAAGCUGGAGAUGUUCGUGUUCGACGUCUUCGAACACGCCGACAACUUCUUUGUGUGGGAGGUCCUGCGGGAGGACGAGUUCUCGCCCCUCAAGAACGCUGAGGGGGCCGCCAAGGACACGCCGACCACCGCGCGCCACGCACUGUACAGUCUGCACCACCGCUACAUCCUCGGCGCGGGCGGCAAACUCGUCGACGAAGAUGGCUGCCCCAUUCCACUCAUUCCGAGUGCGGUGGAAACUGAGAAUGGACACGGUGACCACAAAAGUCAAAAAGAAGAUCUCAAGUAUGAACACCCAGUUGCCUGCGAGAUUUCUGCGCUUAUUUCGUACGACGGUGAGGGUCUGGAGGACUACGUGAAGGACAAAAAAUUCGUGCCGCCUGUGCUUCUGAGCAGCACCGAGGAGGAGCCUAUCUUCCAGAACGGAACACGCAAGGACUGAGCCGCUGCGCUGUUGGCGUUUCGCGAGCUGGGAUCAAGCUUUUUCGUUUUGUGCAUUUGGCGCGCCCAGCAACGCGGCGAUGACUCCAGCACUUCGGAGUGGCUUCUUUGUUUCUUUUUAUUAUUUUUUUUUAUUUCUCCGUAGCUGACGCACUUUUGUGGACCGCUUGGGGGCAGAUGUUUUUUUGGUUUUCUCGGGACCAGCUCGUUCCUCCGUCGCGUGUGCUGAAGUCUUCCCGAUGCUUUUGUUGCAGUAGGGCGGUUUCGGAAGGCAGGCAGGCGUGUGUGCUGCGGCCGGCUACAGGAGCGAAGCGGGGACGCAAUUGUCGCGUUGUAAAUAGUUGACAGCUGUACAUAAGCCUGCUGAGAAGGAAGGCCCCGUCGAGGGAAUAAAGGAAAUGCUGAUGCGA